GGCCGCCUCUUCGCCGCGCUGCGCAGGGCUUUCUCCCGUAGGCGCCGCCGCCGCGGGACCUGAGCGUCGGCUUCCAGGCACAGCUAGGUCUCCCAGAGGACAAGGAAGAUGGAGGAACCUGCAGACCAGCGACAGCCACUGACUGCGAGCCAGGUAGCCAACUCGGAGGGCGGACACGUGUGGCAGGUCACAGACAUGAACCGGCUGCACCGCUUCUUGUGUUUUGGUUCUGAAGGUGGCACCUACUAUAUCAAAGAACAGAAGCUGGGUCUCGAGAACGCCGAAGCCUUAAUCAGACUGAUUGAAGACGGCAGAGGAGGCGAGGUGAUACAGGAAAUCAAGGCCUUUAGUCAGGAAGGCAGGACUGCCAAGCAAGAGCCCUUGCUGUUUGCCCUGGCCGUCUGUUCCCAGUGUUCAGACAUAAAGACAAAGCAGGCAGCCUUUAAAGCUGUGCCUGAGGUCUGUCGCAUUCCGACCCACCUCUUCACCUUCAUCCAGUUUAAGAAGGACCUGAAGGAAAGCAUGAGGUGCGGCAUGUGGGGUCGCGCUCUCCGGAAGGCCGUGGCGGACUGGUACAAUGAAAAGGGUGGCAUGGCCAUUGCCCUGGCCGUUACAAAGUAUAAGCACAGGAACGGCUGGUCUCACAAAGACCUCUUAAGACUGUCGCAUCUCAAACCUUCCAGUGAAGGACUUGCUAUUGUGACCAAAUAUAUUACAAAGGGCUGGAAAGAGGUCCAUGAACUAUACAAAGAAAAAGCACUUUCUAUGGAGACUGAAAAACUGUUAAAGUAUCUGGAGGCUGUGGAGAAAGUGAAGCGUACAAAAGAUGAGCUGGAAGUCAUUCAUCUAAUUGAAGAACACCAGUUAGUCAGGGAACAUCUGCUCACAAAUCACUUGAAGUCUAAAGAGGUAUGGAAGGCUUUGUUACAAGAAAUGCCGCUGACUGCACUGCUGAGGAAUCUGGGAAAGAUGACUGCUAAUUCAGUGCUUGAACCAGGGAACUCUGAAGUCUCUCUAGUGUGUGAAAAACUGUGCAAUGAAAAACUGCUCAAAAAGGCUCGUAUACAUCCAUUUCAUGUUUUAAUUGCGUUAGAAACCUACAGAACAGGCCAUGGGCUCAGAGGAAAACUGAAGUGGACUCCAGAUAAAGAAAUUUUGCAAGCAUUAGAUGCUGCAUUUUAUAAAACAUUUAAGACGGUCGAGCCGACUGGGAAGCGUUUCUUGCUAGCUGUUGAUGUCAGUGCAUCUAUGAACCAGAGAGUUCUGGGUAGUAUACUCAAUGCUAGUACUGUUGCUGCAGCAAUGUGCAUGGUGGUCACACGAACAGAAAAAGAGUCUUCAGUGGUUGCUUUUGCAUGUGAUAUGGUACCGUUUCCUGUGACUACAGACAUGACCUUACAGCAGGUUUUAACAGCUAUGAAUAAAGUCCCAGCUGGUAGCACCGAUUGCUCUCUUCCAAUGAUCUGGGCCCAGAAGACAAACACAGCUGCCGAUGUCUUCAUUGUAUUCACCGAUAAUGAGACCUUUGCCGGACAGGUGCAUCCUGCUGUUGCCCUGAGGGAGUACCGACAGAAAAUGGAUAUUCCUGCUAAAUUGAUUGUUUGUGGGAUGACAUCAAAUGGUUUUACCAUCGCAGACCCUGAUGAUAGAGGCAUGUUGGAUAUGUGCGGCUUUGAUACUUCAGCUCUGGAUGUAAUUCGAAAUUUCACGUUGGAUAUAAUUUAACCCUAAGUACCGGAGUGGCCUGAGGGGUCCACUGCUGCAGUGGACUUCACUGAAAAGUCACAGCCACUUCCCGCUAAAGCAGUAGUGAGAAGUGUCAUCAGUGUGUGCAUGGUGGAGAUGACUGCCAAGAACAGGAAACGAGGGAAGGAAGGAAAAACAUGUCGAGCCCAAAGGUGCAUGUACUCAGCUAGCUCUUGAGAAGUCUUCAGGAUACUGUAGCUUUCUCUAUAGUGAACCUCUUUUUGAUAGAAACUGUAAAAUAGUCACGUUUUACUCUGGGGAAUCACACAUUUGUACUUAACACAGGGGAGAUCCUAAAGUGUAAGUAGCCUCCCACGUCACUUUUUGAGAAGUGCUCGUUUUCUUAAAUGUUUUCAUUGGAAAAGGACAGUUUUGAUAAUGUCCAAAAACUCUGAAGUGCACUAGACCAUGUGACUGUGAUGGAAAUGAACCUCACAAAGUAAACCUUUCUACCAAGGGGUUUAAAAAAAAAAAAA